AUGCUCGAGUGGCCACAUCUCGUCUCAUCCAUCAUUACUGAAUCCAUCUCCUUCCAAGUUAGCCUUGUGGUUCCUGCUGUGGUCAAGAGAAUGCGACCCAACCUUCGUUUCAACAACCGAUGCCUUGGAGAUGCCGACGUAGCCUUGCAGGUGGGACUCGAUGCCUUCACCGAUUGCUUACUGCCCCCAGAGUACCACAUGUGGCCGAUGUACAUUGUGAUUGUGUCUGUCCGAGUGGAGGCUGACGGUGCUUGUGUGCACAUUUUUGUGUACGGAUUUGCGAAUCGGUUAUUAGGUAUGUUGGAAGUUCGCAAACACUGUGGUGGGGCAGGAAGGACAGAAUGGCUCAGAAAGCCGGCAAAACUGUGUCCGCAGCCCCGUGUCUCACACUCGCCUCGUGCCUCUGCCCCUUUUUCAGACCCAUGGGCUCACUCGGCGUUAGGGUUGCAUGCUAAUUGCACAUACUGUAAUGUCAGCUUGUCUGGGUGUAACAAAUUACGGCUGGUGGGGCUCAUGUUUCACCGCAGCCUCGUUCGUGAAGAGUACCUCCUUUCAAGAGGGGCAGAGCGAACGGCUCGUGUAUGCAUACGUCCGAGAGUCGUCGCGAAUGUGGGGGUUGGUUUGGUCUCCAGCCUCGUGAAUGGGGCCUUGAGGGCCAAGACAUCGCAACAGGUGCAGGCUAAAUAG